CUAUGGGUGGGAGGGGUCACGUGAUGCUGGAGCUGCUGCUGCUGCCUUGAAAGUGUUGGAGCUUCCUUACUCAGUGACUUAAACACAGGAAAAGUUCUCUGAUCCCAGCAGAGAGAGAGAGAAGGGGAGAGAGAAGGGGAGAGAGAAGGGGAGAGAGAAAGGCACCUGCUCUGUGAUACCUCCCAGCCCAGCCAAUGCACAGCCCAGUGGGUGAUGACAGGGUGAGCUGUGUCAUGGAGAAGGAAGAGACAGCUCUGUGACCUGUGAUAACCACCACCCUCCUGGCAUAAGUUCAUUUUGGAGUUAUGAUCCUGGCUGCCCAGCACAGUCUGGAGGAGGAUCUGCAGCAUUAACUGGUUACAGACAUCUGUUUAACAUCCACAAUGUUGCCUGCAAGAAUUCCUGCUCUUUGCCUUCUCCUGUUGGCAAUAUCCAACGUGGAACCUUACAGCCCUAACUGGAAACCAACCUGGCCAAAUUUCAAAGUUCCAGUUGUCCUUCCCCAGUCUACGUCAGGUUUAGAGAAAGCCCAGUUUGACGCAGUGCCAAGGCUAGAUGUGGCCUCAUCUUGUGGCCCGGACUGCCACAAACAUUCACCGAUGCCAACAUUUGAGGAACUUAAAGAGUACAUGUCCUACGAAACGUUGUAUUCUAACGGGAGCCGUACCUUAACCAAUGUAGGCAUUUAUGUUCUUGCCAACAGGGUUGAAUCGGAACAAAGCACUGGUAAAUCCCGCACCAAGAGACAGAUCUAUGGAUAUGAUAGCCGAUUUAACAUAUACGGGAAAGACUUUCUGUUGAAUUAUCCUUUUUCAACAUCGGUGAAACUAUCCACCGGCUGCACUGGAACUCUGGUGGCCGAAAAGCAUGUUCUCACGGCAGCUCACUGCAUCCACGACGGCAAGAGUUAUGUUAAAGGAGCACAGAAGCUGAGAGUGGGGUUCCUAAAACCCAAGUAUAAAGACGGCGAAAAAGGACUUAAUAAGACAAAUUCGAGAACUCCUGAUAAGAUGAAGUUCCAAUGGAUACGUGUGAAAAGGACACAUGUUCCGAAAGGUUGGAUCAAAGGCAAUGCGAAUGAUAUCGGGAUGGAUUAUGACUAUGCUUUGUUGGAGCUCAAGAAACCCCACAAAAGAAAGUUCAUGACGAUCGGUGUCAGCCCCAGUGGUCGGCAGUUACCAGGCGGGAGGAUCCAUUUCUCUGGCUAUGAUAAUGAUAGACCAGGUAAUCUAGUCUACCGGUUCUGCGACGUUAAGGAUGAGACGUACGACCUUAUGUACCAGCAGUGUGACGCUCAGCCCGGUGCUAGUGGAUCGGGGGUCUACGUGAGGAUGUGGAAGAGACAGAAGCAAAAAUGGGAAAGAAAGAUCAUCGGAAUAUUUUCCGGGAACCAAUGGGUUGACAAGGACGGCAACAUGCAAGAUUUUAAUGUAGCCGUGCGUAUCACGCCACUAAAAUACGCACAGAUAUGUUUCUGGAUCAAAGGGAACUACCUUGACUGUAGGGAUGGAUAGUCAUCGGCUGUGUCCUUGCUCCAAUCUAAUCGGAAAGACCUCAAAACAAUCAAGGUUGAUGUUUUGAUCUUGACAGUCCACAUUUAAACCAGCAGGCAAAUGCCUUCACUUACAAGAGAUGAAAAGGUAUAAAGAAAAUGCAAACCAAAA